CCCAAGGGGGAGGAGCCAAAGGAUGCGGGGAGGAGGCCUGAGGGAAGGAAGCCGCGGAUGUGGGGGCGGGGGAAUGCGGCCUGGCUGGAGGUCGUGAGGGGACACCGGAAGAGGCUAGAAGGCCGAAGCUGGGUCAAGCCCAAGAGUGAGGGUCCGAAAUAAUGGGGGGAAAACAGGGGCCGGAGCAAACGAGUAAUGUCGAGUGUUGUGGAGUUUGCCCGGCAGACUCCUUCCGGGAGCUCGUGAUUGUUUCGUGCGAAAAUCGAGCAACCAAAGCAUCCCCCAAGGCUGCUCUAUGGAGUAAAUUCGAUUAGGGAUCGGUUCUCAGAAUCAAGGAGUUAGAAGUGAAAGCUCAGAUAAGUGAGUACUUAUCCAGUACUGCUUUGAACCACCUCAGAAGGGGAGAAUGGAUUUAUCAGGAAUGAAAAAGAAGAGCUUGCUAGGAGUCAAAGAAAAUAAUAAAAAGUCCAGCACUCGGGCUCCCUCUCCCACCAAACGUAAAGAUAGAACUGAUGAGAAGUCAAAGGACCGGUCUAAAGAUAAAGGGGCCACCAAAGAGUCAAGUGAAAAGGACCGUGGUAGAGACAAAGCACGUAAGAGACGCAGUGCCUCCAGUGGUAGCAGUACUUCCAGGUCUCGAUCCAGUUCCACCUCUAGCUCUGGUUCUAGUACCAGCACUGGCUCUAGCAGUGGGUCCAGCUCUUCUUCCGCAUCAAGCCGUUCAGGAAGCUCUAGCACCUCCCGAAGUUCCAGCUCUAGCAGUUCUUCUGGGUCUCCAAGUCCCUCUCGACGAAGACAUGACAAUAGGAGACGAUCCCGCUCCAAAUCAAAACCACCUAAAAGAGAUGAAAAGGAACGAAAGAGACGAAGUCCUUCACCAAAACCCACCAAAGUACACAUUGGAAGGCUCACUAAGAAUGUGACAAAGGAUCACAUCAUGGAAAUAUUUUCCACUUAUGGGAAAAUUAAAAUGAUUGAUAUGCCUGCAGAAAGGAUGCACCCUCACCUAUCCAAAGGCUAUGCAUAUGUAGAGUUUGAGAAUCCAGAUGAGGCUGAAAAGGCAUUGAAACACAUGGAUGGAGGACAGAUUGAUGGUCAGGAGAUAACAGCCACUGCAGUGUUGGCCCCCUGGCCCAGGCCCCCACCCAGAAGAUUUAGCCCACCUAGAAGGAUGUUGCCGCCUCCACCAAUGUGGCGUAGAUCGCCACCACGCAUGAGGAGAAGGUCCCGAUCUCCUAGGCGUAGAUCUCCUGUCCGUCGACGAUCCCGCUCCCCUGGCCGCCGGCGCCACCGCAGCCGUUCCAGCUCUAAUUCUUCCCGAUAAAACAAGACAGCUGUUCUUAACUUUUGUAACUUAAAUAUGAUUGAACACAAACAAUAUUGGAGCAUUUGUACUGAGCAUGGGGGAGAGAAAAAUGGGAACCAAGCACUGGCUAGCAAAGGUUUAAUGCAUUGGAUGUCUCCUUGCCCUUGAAGGCUUCUAGAAAGCAAAUUUGAUUCAUGUCUCAGGGCUGAUUUUGGCUCACAGGAAUAUUGAAGGUUCAGAAUUGCAGCCAUAUCACAGCUGUCUUUUUUUUUUCCUGGCCCAAACAGAAAACUCAUCUGUUACCAACUUCUGAGAAAAGCAGGAAACCAGCAGCACCAGACCAUGCAAAGAAAAGCUCAAGAUGUUGAAGCCCUGCCCACCCCAAACUGGCAGUAGUUUUUGGGGUUUUUUUUUCCUUCUCCCUCAGAAAAUUUUUGACAAGUAUGAAGACUUGAUGCUUAUUGACCAAGUUGAUUCUUUGAGAAAAGAGGACAUGAGCUCAUGCAUGUCCACUUUAGUCUCCUGCUAAAUUAGCUAGACCAACAGUCUGCUGCUUUGAAUUUUUUUUUCCCUGAUUUUGUGGGUCAGAAGACCCUGGGAAGGAGUACAGCUUUUUCAUUUUACUCCUUCACUCGUUGCUAUAAAUGGUUCUAUAUGCGCAUGUGCGCGCGCACACACGUGCCCCCCUGGUCUCAGAAAUUGGUAAGCAAGUUGUAGAUCAACCCCUGGGUGCUGCCUCAUUGAGGAGCCAGCCCUUCGAGGUUGUGACCCAUUGGGAAGCUAACAGGUUAAUUUUGCAAAAUGUAAAUUGCAUUCUUGGCUUUUAUUGUACAGUCAGUACUAGAAAAUUUCUGCGUUGAGUUUUGUACCUUUGUAGCAUUUUAGAUAAUGUUGUGUUUGUACUUUUGUUGUGUAGAAUGGAAAAACAAUCGUAUUAAAUAAACUUCAAGGGUUGAAA